AUGGCUGCAGGCGGAAGUGUGAAGUGCCUCAGCGAGGUCAACGCUGCACGCGAGGCAGCUGGGUUGCCCAGCUUCGGAGAUGCCUCAGCGGACAAACAAUUGAGUGAUCCAGGCUCUUCAGAGCUAGGCGCAGGCACCGAGUGGAGAAAACUCUGCGAAUAUUUGAUUCCA